AUGCCAAACACCAAAGUAGUAGUUGUCGUCCGACACGGAGAACGGUUGGAUUACACAAUGAGAGAACGUGGUGAAAAUUGGAUUUCAACCACGAAUCGUCCUUGGGAUCCUCCACUUACAGAAAAUGGAAAACAGCAAGCCAGUGCACUCGGGAUGGCUUUACCUUCCAUGCUCAAAACAUUGAAUUUGCCUUCAAUUGCUGCUGUAUAUUCGUCACCAUUUCAUCGCUGUCGACAAACCGCUGCUGGGUUGUGUGCUUCUGACGAAAUGCUGAAGGUGCAAGUGGAGCUGGGGUUGGCGGAAAGUCUCAAUCAAAAUUGGUUCCGAAGCUGGUCGAUUGAAGGAACAGAUGGAACUUGGGGAUAUGGAAAGAAAGAAUGUCCUGAUGCCAAUGAUCUCGAUCCAUCCAAAUUGAAUCCAUUGUCCAAGGUACCCGUUCAGCCCCUGUUGGAUUGGAAGCAGGGUGCCUUGGAAGAGGAGCUCAAGAAGAAGAUGGACAUAGACUACGAAUCCAAGAGUUCUAUUGAAACUCCAUAUUCCUUGCGUCCACCACUGUUUGAAAACUACAAGACUCAACAAAAACGAAUGCACGCAACGCUGGAGCAACUGAGCGAACUUCACAACAAUGAAACAAUUCUGCUCGUUUCUCAUGGCGGCCCUGUGACGCAUCUCUACGAAAGCUUGACUGGAAACACUUGGGAUCGACAUGGAGUUGCAAGAUAUUGCUGCUAUAGUAUUUAUCAGCAAGAAGAAGGAGAUGAUAAGUGGAAACCGCUAGUCGUGAAUCGAAUCUUGGGCGAAGAAGAAGAAGAAACAAAACCGACCGACGAGGAUGCUACUUCUAGUCCGCCAAAAGACUUCACAUGGGCAUAA